AUUGUAGCGACUUUUGCUUAUGUAAAUUUGAGGAUGAAAUUGAUAAUUAUGCCUAUUUAAAGUGCACGACGGUGCUUCUUGUUCUGUUUCUAAAACACUAUCCCUUUUACUGUUUAUUGACAAAGAGAAACAAUCGGAGGAUCUGUUCUGUUCCAUAAGAUGGCUGGACUUUUAGGAUAUAGGAGCCUUCCACCUAAGGCAAAGAAUCUGGUAGUUGCUGGGGGUUUGACAGCUUUUGUCUUUGGUGCAUACUUCUACACCAUGAGGGCUGUUGGAGGCACUGAUGAACUGCAGGUAGCAAUUGAUAAGUUUGAAGCUGACAAGAGCAAGAAUGAGGGUGAUGCCAACAUGCCAUCAAAGGUCUAAAGCUUGUACAAUAAAGCAAUACUUUGGGUGUAUUCACUGUUUUGGUUUGGGAUCAAGCUUUUUACUUAGUAUGAGAAUGUUCUAAAAGGAAUGAUAUUGAAUCUAGUUGCUAAUAAGUUUCAACCAGCUUUAUGUACUAUGACUGUGUGGUAGGGAAUCUAAAUUGAGAUUCUGUUUUGGCCUUAUUGAGGUGUUUCACGAGGAUAACACAAAUCUGUGAUCAUUAGUAUAUGUAAGAACAGCUGCUACUGUGACUUUGGGCAGAAUUCCAUUACAAACUUAAAAUGAAAA